CCCUCCGCCGUGUCUCAGAAACGGUCCUUCAACUGACAACAUGGCGAGUGUUCAGGCUGCCUCCCGACUCCUCUCUAAGAGGAUAUUUUCCAGGACGAAAGCAGUCUCUGCUGUUGCAGUUCAAGGUUCGAGGAACUUCCACUUCUCCAUCUAUGGCAAGAAGAAAAGUGCCAAAAUAUCAGAUGAUAUCUCUACUCAGUACCCAGUUGUUGAUCAUGAGUUUGAUGCUGUGGUGGUCGGAGCUGGAGGAGCGGGACUCAGGGCUGCUUUUGGCCUGUCGGAGGCUGGCUUCAACACUGCCUGUGUCACCAAGCUCUUCCCCACCAGGUCUCACACUGUCGCUGCACAGGGUGGGAUCAAUGCAGCCCUGGGGAACAUGGAGGAGGACGACUGGAGGUGGCAUUUCUAUGACACAGUGAAGGGAUCUGAUUGGCUGGGAGACCAGGAUGCUAUCCACUACAUGACAGAACAGGCUCCCGCAGCUGUAGUGGAGCUGGAGAACUUCGGCAUGCCGUUCAGCCGCACUGAGGAUGGGAAGAUCUACCAGAGAGCCUUUGGAGGUCAGAGUCUUAAGUAUGGAAAAGGAGGCCAGGCUCACCGUUGCUGCUGUGUAGCAGACAGGACUGGACACUCACUACUGCAUACACUUUAUGGACGGUCGCUGCGAUAUGACACUAGUUACUUUGUGGAGUACUUUGCCCUGGAUCUCCUGAUGGAAGAUGGCGAGUGUAAAGGAGUGAUUGCUCUCUGCAUGGAGGACGGAUCUAUUCACCGCUUCAGAGCCCAGAACACUGUCAUUGCUACUGGGGGUUACGGACGAGCCUAUUUCAGCUGCACCUCUGCUCACACUAGUACUGGAGAUGGAAAUGCAAUGGUGACCAGAGCCGGCCUGCCCUGCCAGGAUUUGGAGUUUGUACAGUUCCAUCCCACUGGGAUCUACGGAGCUGGCUGCCUGAUCACAGAGGGUUGCCGUGGUGAGGGAGGGAUCCUGAUCAACAGUGAGGGAGAGAGAUUCAUGGAGCGCUAUGCACCCAACGCUAAGGACCUGGCCUCCAGAGACGUGGUGUCCCGCUCCAUGACCAUAGAGAUUAGAGAGGGCAGGGGUGUUGGUCCAGAGAAGGACCACGUGUACCUGCAGCUCCACCACCUGCCUCCUCAGCAGCUGGCCACAAGGCUGCCUGGUAUCUCAGAGACAGCUAUGAUCUUUGCUGGAGUCGAUGUAACUAAAGAGCCCAUCCCUGUCCUGCCCACUGUCCAUUAUAACAUGGGUGGAGUACCCACAAACUUCAAGGGGCAGGUGAUCACUCACACCAACGGACAGGACAAGGUGGUUCCUGGACUGUACGCCUGCGGUGAGGCAGCCUGUGCCAGCGUUCACGGUGCUAACCGGCUUGGCGCCAACUCCCUGCUGGACCUGGUAGUCUUUGGCAGAGCUUGUGCCCUCACCAUUGCCGAGGAGCACAAACCUGGAGAGAAACUGUCCCCUCUGAAGUCCAGUGCAGGAGAGGAGUCUGUGGCCAACCUGGAUAAGCUGAGGUUUGCCAACGGAAGCCUGCGAACCUCUGAGAUCAGGCUCAACAUGCAGAAGAACAUGCAGUCCCACGCUGCAGUGUUCCGUACCGGCGCAGUUCUGAAGGAGGGAUGCGAGAGGAUGGAUGCCAUUUACCAGACCUUGGAUGACAUCAAGACCUUCGACAGAGGCAUUGUGUGGAACACAGACCUGGUGGAAACUUUGGAGCUGCAGAAUCUGAUGCUGAACGCUGUCCAAACCAUCCACGCAGCUGAGCAGAGGAAGGAGAGCAGGGGAGCCCACGCCAGAGAGGACUUUAAGGACCGUAUCGAUGAGUAUGACUACUCUAAGCCCAUUCAAGGUCAGGAGAAGAAGCCCUUCGAACAGCACUGGAGGAAGCACACUUUGUCCUACGUUGACCCCAAGACUGGAAAGGUGACUUUGGAGUACCGUCCUGUUAUUGACAGCUCUCUGGACGAGCAGGACUGUGCCCACGUCCCUCCUGCCAUCCGGUCUUACUAAGAGGCUCUCCUCUCCUCUCCUUUCCUCUCCUCUCCUCUCCUCUCUUCUCUUCUCCUCUCCAAUUGUAUCCAUUUAGAAUAGUUAAAUACAAAACUAUCUAGUCUUCAACUUCAAGCCCUUCGUGUCACCUUCCUGCUCCUUUCCUUCAUGUGUGUUUUUUGCCUUGAUUUAAUCUGUUUCGCAGCAGAUGGUUCUUGAGCUGGUUUUGUAUAUAUCAUAAGGCACUCAAGAUGUGUGGGUGACUGAGUAAUUUGAAGCAUCAAAGUGAAGAAGAGGGGGGAAAAAAAUGUGUGCACCACCUGAGCUUGGCUUUGUCGUGAUGAGACCAUAAUCUCAUUUCCUAGUUUUGCAUUGCUUUGAAUGUGUCUCCUUUGGCUUUCUGAAGGGAAGAGAUAGCGGAAAUUAUUGUAAUUUGAAAUGCACACGUUACCAUCAAGCCACAGAGGGAUGUUUUAGGACUGUAAAUAUUGCAUAAAUGUACAAUAAACAUGGUGAAUUAUACUGUA